AUGGAAAAUCGCUCGACGGACGGAGUGACACAGCAACGGCGACUCCCCGCUUUCGCGCAGAAUGCCCAGAGCGCCGUGCAGAGCAACCUUCAAAGCGCCUUAUCUCUCGCAGCGCCUCUGGCAGCAUGGGUCCGCGACAGACGGCUCGAAGCUGAUAGGUUCCGGGACUUCUGCGCCGGGGAGAUCGAGAAGCACAAGCAGGGAGCGAUUUGUCACGCUAUGGCGGGAAUCGAGAGAUUUAAAUCGUUUUCGUUGAACGGGGACGAGUUUAGGAGGCAGCAGCAGGGUUUUCGAGCUCCGUGCUUCGCGUCGAUUGCUUCGUCGCUACGUGGAUUCGACGUUGCAUCUGCUACCGCAGCUGGCACUAACGCGUACGACGGGCAGGCGAGGCAUCUGUUCGACGUCGCCAUGUCCGCGCCGCAGGUGGCGAAGCGGCUGGAGGGCCUGGCGGUGUACACUGUGAGCAACGCGGCUAACGAGUUCGUUCUUAUCGCGGACGCGGAGGGCAGCAAGUCCAUCGGGCUGUUCUGCUUCCGCAAGGAGGACGCGGAAACGCUCCUGGCGCAGGUGAAGGAUCGUGACGCCUCGCUGGGCAAGGGAGCGCGAGUGGUGCCGGUGGCCAUGGAUAAGGUGUAUGCGUUGUCAGCCGAGGGAAUCGCCUUCCGCUUCCUUCCGGACCCCCUUCAAGUCAAGCACGCCGUGCUGCUGAGGUCGCAAGCAGGCGACAACAGCAAGGCCUUCGAUGGGGUACCUGUCUUCCAGUCAGAGAGCUUGGUCCUUCGGUCCAAGAACCGCCGCUUCUGCCCAAUCUUCUUCACCAAGGAGGAUUUAGAGGCGGCAAUAAGGAAAGCAACUGGCGGCAAGCCAAAGAGCACAGGGAAGGGGCCUGCAAACAUCAACGUGCAGGUGGGGAGCUUUGAGGACGUGCUGAAGAAAAUGGAGAAGAACGACGAGGACUCCCCCUGGGGCGAGCUGCUCUUUGUACCGCCCGGCCGGGAUGUGGACGGUGUGGUGGGCAAACAAACAGCUCAUGCUGCUGGAUCUUCUGACUCCGUUCUUUGCUGA